AUGUGGAUGGAAUUUGUUGGUGCGGCACCCAUACUGAUGCAGCACGGUUGCAGCAAUCUUCAAGAAGUCUGCAAACCAGAGAUUAUACCUACCUACCUCUCUCUCUCGAGAGGCAAAAACAGGAAAAAAAGAAUGCUGGCACUGCUUAUCUUCGUGGCCACGAUCCAAGGCUCGCUCGCCGGAAUCCCCCACGAGAUCCACAUCCUCCAGCCGCAGUCGAGAGCCGCCAGCGAGCGUGUGCACGGCUUGUCUUGCCUGAGCUGGAGGUUGGGCGUGGAGACUAACAACAUCAAGAACUGGGACACGGUCCCACGAGAGUGUGAAGGCAAUGUGGGUCACUACAUGCUGGGGCAUCAGUAUAGGGAGGACUCGAAGGUGGUGGCACGAGAGGCCGUGCUCUACGUGAGGAGCCUGAAGCUCGCUGGAGACGGCAAAGACGUGUGGGUGUUCGACAUCGACGAGACCUCGCUCUCCAAUCUCCCUUAUUAUGCGAAGCAUGGAUUCGGAGUGGAGCCCUACAAUGCAACGUCGUUUAAUCAGUGGGUCCUGAAAGGCAAAGCACCAGCGCUCCCAGAGACGCUGAAGCUGUACCACGAAGUGUUGAAACUGGGGAUCAAGCCCAUCUUCCUCACCGGAAGAAGCGAGGACCAGAGGAAGAUCACUUCCUCCAAUCUCAGGAAUGCCGGGUUUCACAAGUGGGAGAUGCUCAUCUUGAAGGGAUCGGAUUACUCGGAGACAACGGCGGUGGUGUACAAAUCAAACGAGAGGAGGAAGGUGGAAGAGAGCGGGUACAGAAUCAUUGGCAACAUCGGAGACCAAUGGAGCGACGUGCUCGGAACCCAUGCUGGCAACCGGACCUUCAAGUUGCCCGACCCCUUGUAUUACAUUAGUUGAUCACUUUCCAUCUGAUUCUCUUCGUUGAUCAAGGGCCCAUUUUAACUAAUAAAUCUCUUGAGAUGAGCG